CAACUUCUCCAAAUCCCAGAGUCCAACCUCUACCCGUACCCAAAAUCUCCUCUACUCUAGUGCCAUAAAAGGGUUCUUUCUGUAUGAACCUCUUGGAUACCACAUCUACCAGAGACGAUUCAGUGUGCACAGGAUUCUGGCUCAAGAACCACUUAGCAGGACAUAAUCAACUCAAUGAAAGUGAGCCCAAGUAUAGAGCUGAGCUGAUGUGGCAGGGGGAGUUUUGGUGAGCCAAGUCACUGUAAGAUUCAAGAUCUCGAAUGGAUUCUUACCUCCUGGUCCUCUACACCCAAGGUCAACAGUUAACUCUGUGGCUGAAGCUGAGCAGCCCAGGACAGAGCUAAAGACCCACUAUGGAUGCCACAUUCACUUUCUUGAUCUCCAUUGGACUGUGUCUGCAUUGGGAGGUGGAGGCACAGUUGGACACCAUUUCCAGGCCUACCCUGUGGGCUGAACCAAGUCCUGUGGUCCCCAAGGGAGCCGAUGUGACUCUCAGGUGCCAGAGCCAAAGGGGGAGGAACAGAUUCCAGCUCUGGAAAGAUGAAGAGCUGCAAGAGGAGAGAAAUGCAUCCUGGCACCAGGCAGAAUUUGUGCUCAGGGAAGUAGAUGACUGGAGAGAUGCAAGAAGCUACAGGUGCCGCUCCGGGCAGGGGCCCUUGUGGUCAGAGCUCAGUGAUCCCCUGGCCCUGGUGGUGAUGACAGGAGACUUCCCCACACCUUCCAUUUCAGUCUCACCUAAGCCCUCGGUAUCCCCAUGGACAACAGUGAUCAUCCAGUGUCAGAUGUCAUCCCAGCAAUCCUCUCUGGAUUACAAUUUUGCCCUUUUGGAGGCAAAAAGCCUGCAGGUCUUACAGAUACAGAACCUUUUAAAAAGCCAACCUUAUUUCUCACUUCCAUUUGUGAAAGCCAAAGACACUGGGAGCUACAGCUGUAUUUACUACAGGAAGACACCCCCCUACAAAGGAUCACAUCCAAGCCAGACCCUGGAGCUGACUGUGUCUGGACACCUACCCAGACCCACUCUGUGGGCCCAGCCGGGCCUUGUGGUGGUCCCAGGGACCAACAUCACUCUCUGGUGCUCAAGGCCUCCACUGGCUUCUUCUGAGGAGGUGACAUACACUCUGUGGAAGACUGAAACCUGGCAGCCCUUACAGUACCAGAACUCAGCAGAUCUCUGGACUGGCUUCUCCCUCCCUUCUGUCAGACCUGAGGACGCUGGGAGCUACAAAUGUACUUACAAGGACAGGAAAGCCUCUGGUGUACCAUCAGAGUUCAGUGAGGGCCUGGAGCUGGUGGUGACAGGAUCUCUGCCCAAGCCUUCCCUCUCAGCCCUUCCAGGCCAGGUGGUAGAGCCUGGGAAGCAUGUGACUCUCCAGUGCAGGCAGCCCCCUUGGUCAGCACUCUGGAGAGCGACAUUCACUCUGCUGAAGGUGGGCAGCCCUCAACCCCUGCAGAGCCAGAGCCCAGCUGGGACAUCUGCUGUCUUCCCCCUCCUCUCUGUGAGGGCCCAGGAUGCUGGCAACUAUACCUGUGUCUACAAAACGACGUUUCCCCAGAUGUCUGAGCCCAGUGACGUCCUAGAAAUCUGGGUGACAGAUGCAUCUCCUAAGCCUUCCCUCUCAGCCUGGCCUGCCUCUGAGAUAGCCUCAGGAACCAAUGUGACCCUCCUGUGUCAGGGGCCUCCAUGGACUACCACGUUUGCUCUGCACAAGGAGGGUAGCAUGGAUAUCAUUCAAGAUGAGGCCAACUUCUUUUUGACCCGUGUGACUUCGAAGCACUCUGGCUGUUACAGCUGCAGCUACCAGCUCGGCACCAAUGGAAGUCUCUGGACACAACACAGUGACCCCCUGCAGCUUAUAGUGAGAGUGUCCAGUAACACCCUCCUCAUCACCCUCAGUUGUGUCACUUUCCUUCUCCUCUGCCUUCUCCUGUUGGUUUGCUUCUGUCAUCAGUACAUCCCUCGAGCAGCGGGUUUCCCUGGAGAUAACUUUAGGAGGUUCUUCUGCUGUUCUUGUCUUUCUAAGGAUGUCUGUCUGUCCCAUCAUCUUGAGGACCCCAGAGAGGAGACACUGUAUACAGAAGUGGCCAAAGAGAGACCAAAGGAAUCUUCGGUGCCUAUAGAUAAAGAUGUGACUUAUGCUCAUCUAAACAUAAAAACCAUGAAUGAAAAGCAAACAAACCCCAAGGAGACAUCCACAGAAGCCACCCUCUAUGCUACCCUGUCCUUAGACUGAGAGUUUGGGUGCCUUUCAAAAGAAAAUUCUCUCCCUUUUCUUUUUCUCUCCCCAUCUCAUGUGUCCACUCAUACAUCUUCCUGAUUCCCAUCGUUGAAAAGCCAUGAUGCAUAUUGGGGAUAGCCACUAGAGUUGUGUAUGAAGAGUAUCUGUCUAUGAUGAUGAGAAACAAAAGAUAGAUAGAGAGGGUAAAUUGAUGGUAAUAAUUCCUAUCAUUAGUAGUUGUGGAGACCAGGAAGUAGUUUCUGCACUGGAUGGUAUUAGAACUGAAUUUUAAAGAAAACCAGGCAAAUUAAGAAGCAGAUUUGAAGAAAGACAAUAGUCAAGGGAUGGAGGACAGCCACCAUAAAGCCCUGGAGCUGAGAAACUAUUUUUUUGUAAAUAUAAAAAAAAAAAAUCAGCUAUAAUGACUGACUCAUAGAGUGAAAAGGAAAUGAUAUGCAAAAAGAUUGGAAAACAAGAAGCCACUCAAGUUCAAAUCCCAGUUGUUGUUGUUUUUUUAAAGGAAAAAAAAAAAA